AUGAGGAAGCCCGUGCGAGAGCCCCCGGAGCAACACCCCACACUUCGGCCCGGACAAGCUACCACUGACACCCUCACUGAUUCGGCAAGACCGACAACCUACCAAGUCGCGCAUCCGGCUCUCUUCGACGACGACGAGCUAGCCGACGACAAAGUGCCCCCUCCUGCCUACGGCGACAUCUACGGCGAGAUCCACGAUGAAACGAACGGCUCGGGCACGACUGCCAGGACCACCGACGAUGGCCGUGUUAACAUCCGCAUCAAUCACUUCAACCGCCGUAUAUCCCAGAUCUUCACCCCUGCUUUGCAGCGACAACUGGAGGAAAGCCAAGAUAGUCUACCCCCUCCCCCAUAUAUUCACCCAUCCCUAGGAGGCGCAAAAGACGCUCAUCCGCCUCCGCCCUUGAACGUCGUUAUCCAGGUCGUGGGCUCGCGCGGAGACGUCCAGCCUUUCGUGGCCUUGGGAAAGGUCUUGAAAGAAACCUACGGUCAUCGUGUACGCCUUGCCACCCAUCCAACCUUUAGAGACUUUGUCCAAGACCAAGGUCUGGAAUUCUUUAGCAUUGGCGGCGACCCAGCCCAACUAAUGGCCUUCAUGGUCAAAAAUCCCGGCCUGAGGCCAGACAUGCGCAGUGUAGCGAGCGGAGACGUCGGGCGGCGAAGGAAGGAUGUUGCUGAGUACAUUCAAGGCUGCUGGCGAUCAUGUUACCAACCUGGAGACGGAAUCGACGAUGACCUUUAUGAGUCUCCUAGUGACGAGACUGGCCCUAGCCCAGCAGCGAGACACUUUGUUGCCGAUUGCAUCAUUGCCAAUCCUCCGAGUUUUGCCCACAUUCAUUGCGCAGAGAAGCUCGGCAUCCCGCUCCAUAUCAUGUUCACCAUGCCCUAUUCGCCUACCCAUGCAUUUCCCCAUCCUCUUGCGAACAUCCAAUCCUCGAAUGAAGACGCCCAAUUAGCUAAUUACUUCAGCUACGCCGUCAUCGAACUUCUCUCGUGGCAGGUCCUUGGCGAUAUUAUUAACCGAUUUCGCGCGAAGUGCCUUGGUUUAGACCCCGACUGGGGUUCUCAUAUAUCUAUAUCCGGGUUCUGCUUUCUGAAUUUGGCCUCGGACUACACGCCUCCAGCUGCCUUACAGGCAUUUCUCGACAACGGUCCACCCCCUGUCUACAUAGGGUUUGGGAGUAUAGUCCUGGACGACCCUAAUGCGAUGACACAACUCAUUUUCGAGGCCGUGAGCAAGACUGGCCAGCGUGUCCUCCUUUCUAAAGGUUGGGGAGGCAUGGGCGCAGACGAGCUUCAUGUACCCAACAGCAUCUUCAUGCUGGGCAACGUGCCACAUGACUGGCUUUUCAGGCAUGUUUCAUGCGUCGUGCACCAUGGUGGCGCGGGGACUACGGCGGCAGGCAUCAUCGCAGGCCGGCCAACUGUAGUUGUGCCCUUUUUUGGGGAUCAGCCAUUCUGGGGUGCCAUGGUCGCGCGAGCAGGUGCAGGUCCGAAGCCGAUCCCCCACAAACAACUCACGGUCGACAAACUAGCCGAUGCUAUCAACUUCUGUCUGAAACCUGAAAGCCUGGAACGCGCUCAAGAACUCGCAAGUAAGAUCGCGGCAGAGCAAGGCAACAACCUGGCUGCUCAGUCAAUCCAUCAGUUUCUUGAACCUGACCGACUUCGUUGCACAAUCGCACCAGCUAGGCCCAGUGCGUGGCGUAUCAAGCGUACUAAGGUUAGGCUGAGCGCUUUCGCUGCUUAUACUUUAGUGAAUGCAAACCUUUUGGAAUAUAAGGACUUGAAGCUUUUCAGACCACAGGAACAUUACAUCGACGAGGGUCCUUUGGAUCCUAUAUCCGGUGGCUUUACAGCUUUUAUAGGUUCAGUUGGCGGUAUGAUGAUGGGACUAGCUGACGUUCCUUCGGAGACUUGGAGAGCUAUGCGAAUGCCGGCUACACGGAGCCGGCAGCAGUCCCAAGCAUCAUUGCCAACCAUCGCGAGCACAAGCAGGGCUGCAAAUACACGAGAGGCUUCCAUUAUUUCGACUUCGCAUGGACAAAGUGAAACAAGGUCGAUCACGAAAGACUCUGUUGCCUCUGUUGCUCCUGUUGAAACCUCUGACGCCAUCUCCGGCCGGUCAACUCCCACUUCGAAUGCCGAUUCAAACUCGGUGUCCGGUCCAUCACAAGGCCCACCGAAUCCCAAACAAGACGACCCUGGCCUGGGUCGACUCCGCAGUGGGAAUGAAUCUGGCCUCAGACACAACCAGGACAUGCUGCGCCCGACUGGCGUGCACAUGACCAAGGGCGCCGGCCGUUUCGCCAGAGCGGUUGCUCAGGGACCUGUGGACAUUUCGGUGAAUCUCACGAGAGGAAUGCACAAUAUUCCGAAACUUUGGGGAGACACUACCGUGCGCCCACAGGAAAGGGUCAGCGAUUUCAGAUCAGGCGUCAAGGCGGUAGGAAGAGAGUUUGGUUUCGGCUUCUACGAUGGCAUAACUGGCCUAGUCACCCAACCAUGGAAAGGCGCACAGCAAAAGGGCGCUAGCGGCUUCGUGAAAGGAGUUGGCAAAGGGAUUGGAGGUUUUAUAGUGAAACCUGGCGCGGCCGUCCUUGGUAUUCUAAGUCAUACGAUGCAGGGAGUCAACAAGGAGGUGGCGAAGUUAUUCGGCAACAACUUCCAGGAUUACAUUGCCACAUCGAGAGCAACGCAAGGGUAUGAAGAGUGGCUGCAGAGCUCAGAUGCAGAAAAGCAAGCCGUCAUCAAUGGGUGGAAGUCGAUUCAGAAAGAUUUGAAGGAAAAGGUCAGGUCCAAUGAGAUUAUGCCCGAUGCCCAGGAAUUACAACAAACAACGAAUUUGGAGGACGACGAAGAAUACGGACAAAAUGGCAUGCACGCUAUGAGACCCGUUCAGUCUGUCGACAGUGCAAUUCUCAGUCCAGAGGACCAGUUCGUGGAGCUCGGCAGUACCUCACCCGCCAUUGGUGGUUCACACUCUUCUCCACGCGUUGCCAAAACAGCAAUGGAUGUCAACUUGAGGCAGACGAUGCAGGAAGACGUGUCGGAGCUCCAGAGCCACGGGCAAGAUCACCAGGCAGGUCAAGUCAACGUGCGUCAGACGAUAUUGGCCAGCGAAGCAGAAGCGCAGCGACGCGCAAGUGGUGGUACAUGGGACUCGGAUGUGCAUCACGAUAACACGAACUUGGAGAGUGAAAGAAACGAGUCUGAAACGAGGUCAGAGAGGGCAGCAGCCGUCGCUGAUCAAUCACUUCGUCACGAGCGACCUCCUGUGUAUGAUCCAGGGCAUCUCGCGGGCACCACGCAAAACGAGUUUGUGGCAGAGCAAAAGGGAAAUCAGGGGGAGAAGACAGCGCAGGAGAAGACAGAAGAAGAGAUUGUGAUGGAGUACAUCAAAAAGCAAAGUCUCUUGGAAGCGGACCAUCAAAACAAAGGCAAAGGCCGUGCCACAGAGAGAGACGAUGAGGACGACGAAGAAUUGCAGAGGGUCUUAAAGCUGAGUUUGCAGGAGACUGCUCUCAAUUCUAUCAACUUCUUCGGCUCCGACGCACGCCCACCAAGCGUCGCAUCCUUCACUGUCAUCGUGAUGGAAGAAUUUGAUGAACUUGAUGAGCUUGAGCGUGCAGCUGCAGGGCAGGAGAACGCCGCCAGAGUUCUACAACCCAUUCAAAGCUACGACCACGAGCAAGAGCCCCUUCUCGGUCACCCUCCUGCUCUGUACGAAGAUGGAAAUGAUCGUGACAGGUAUGUUCGAGACUUUGCGCAUCUCCCCUGGUACCAACGACCUACCAUCGAGUGGGUCCUUGUUCCCUACCUCAUCAUGGCCCUGAUCUUUGGCGGCAUCAUCACCCCUAAGAUCAACCUAAUCAUCGAUCUAAUCUGUCGACAAUACUAUAUCGAAAAUCCUCCGACCGUCUUGAACGACGGAUCUGAUGAUCAAUGCCGCACCCCUGAAGUCUCCCAAAGAGUCUCUAUCUUCUUGCUUCUGGGUACUUUGCUCAGUGGCAUUCUCUCCGCCCUAGUCAGCCCUCGUCUAGGCUCAUUGUCAGAUCUAUACGGCCGCAAACCCAUUUUUGUCCUGUGCAGCCUGGGAGCUCUGUGCGGCGAAGUCCUUAUCAUCUUGGCUGCUUCUUACCAAGACACCAUACAUGUCGACUGGAUACUUCUCUCGUUUGCCCUCGAGGGUGUUACGGGCUCUUCGAUCUUGGCCAUGGCCAUGGUGAACACUUAUGCCGCCGACUGCGUCUCCGCCCACCGUCGCAGUAUGGCUUUCGGCUAUCUGCACGGCUGCACAUUCAUAGGCUUAUCCAUUGGACCCAUUCUGGCGGGCUACGUGGUGGAAUGGACGGGCAGCAUUUUGGCCGUUUUCUGGAUAAUGUUGGUUUCCCAUGGCUGUUGCAUUCUGUUCGUUCUAUUCUGCGUUCCCGAGUCCAUUUCAAAACGUCGUCGAGAACAGGCACGCGACAAGGCAGCUAGAGAAAAGACGGCUCGUCACCAAAGGGGGCCUUGGAUACAGAGACUUCGCCAGCUCAAUCUAUUGGAACCACUCAAGAUCCUUUAUCUCACCGGACCCGACAGUACACCCGCUCUACGGCGAAACCUUUUAGUAUUGGCUGCCAUGGACACUAUCAUGUUCGGGGUUGCCAUGGGAAGUCUUAAUGUCUUGCUGAUAUAUGUCAACUACCAAUUUGGUUGGGAAACAUUUGAAUCGGGUCGAUACAUGACUAUUGUGAACAGUACGCGGGUGGCCUUUCUGCUUGUUAUUCUACCUGCUAUAACCUACCUUGUACGCGACCGGGGGAGCGACUGCGCCGCUGUAUCCAGCAAAGGUGUUGACGUCUUCGACCUGAGAAUCAUGCAGAUUGGCAUCUUAUUCGAAACUUUGGGGUGGGUCGGAUAUAGUCUGACACGACGAGGAGACCUUUUCACCCUCUUCGGCGUCCUCGGCGCUGCAGGCAGUAUUUCUUCACCUGCGUUGCAGUCGGCGCUUACCAAGCAUGUGCCAUCGGACCAGACGGGGCAGCUGCUGGGUGCCAACGGACUUCUUCAUGCUUUGACACAGACAAUUGCACCCGUCAUCUUCAACUCCAUUUUCGCGGCGACUGUGGGCAACUUUACGCAGGCGGUCUUUGUCUGUUUAGCUCUCGUCUUUGUAGUGGGCUUCGUCAUUAGCUGGUUUGUCAAACCUAAUAUAUAUCUUGAGACGAACGCUGCUGUUGCCUCCACAGCGGAAGCCAGGCCAGGUGCGACAUUCACACAAUAA